AUGGCGGAAGGGACCAGCGACUUAUUGCGACCCGAUUCAGACAAAUCGAUAUCUGCCCAACUUUCUGGCAUCUGCCUUGUUGAUAAACACGAAAGUGGUGAAGUCGAAAAAAACCUGGGGACACAUGAGCGCUCCACCCUUAUCGAUCCGGCAUCAAAUGGAAGUCCCAAACAGGAGUUGCCUCGCAUACCCAUGAAGAAGCGGGAGUGCCCAACGAGUGUUAAACGAGAUAUGACCGAGAUCACCUUCGCCCAGCAUUACUAUAAAUUGGCGAGAAUGAAUUAUUGUAGUGACGUCUGGAUUAGCACAACUAUUGGGAUACCUUCACGGGCACAGGCUUUUGAGGAGAAGUGCGGGAAGGAAAAAGGGGACAAGAAAUAUUGA